AGGAGCUGGCGGGCACCGACUCCGAAGCUCCGUGAAGUGAAAGUGGCUGGAGUGGCGCGGGCCGCGCGUGAGAACUCGUGCGGGCGAGCCGGCGGGAGGAGGGUGAGGCGCCGGGAGCAGGUUUGGACAUUGAACUGUGAGUGACUUCUGGGCGUCUUUAGGAGCCAGCAACAUGACAGAAGAUAUCAAGACCAAAAUGAAAAAUUACAAGACUGCCCCUUUGGACAGUCGCUUCCCCAACCAGAACCAGACCAAGAACUGCUGGCAGAACCACCUGGAUUUCCACCUCUGUGAGAAGGCCAUGACCGCUAAAGCCGGUGAUGUCUCCAUGUAUGAAUGGUACUGGCGUGUGUACAAGUCCCUUUGCCCCAUAUCCUGGCUGUUGGCCUGGGAUGACCGUGGGGCAGCAUGCACAUUUCCUGGGAAGAUCUGAACUGGCUGCACCCCACCUGUCCUCUGCCCUCCAUCCUUCUUCCAGGGAGGUGAAGGAGGACCUGGGUGCGUCCCACCCUAAGAUCUUGGAUCAUAGCUUAAUUAAU